AUCUUACCAACCUUCAGCCAAACAUGACGUAUCCAGACCCCUGGAAGAAGAUAUCGAUUUUCCAUGAACCUAGUCUUUGUAGAGAGAUUGGAUGAAUAUGGGAGGAGAUGAGUCAAUCAGUAUCGAUGUUUUGGGUAGGUGUCAGGGGAAGCAAGGUCGUAACCUGGUUUCCAUCCUGGAGGUGUAGUUUGUAUCUAGUAGGUGUUCUUGUGGGCGAGGGUGGAGUGAUGUCGUAGUGAGACAUCAUGGCAGGUUGGUUCUUUGUUGAGUCUUUAUUUCACUGGUUUCUCUGACUGUUUUUUCUUCAUUGUGACUCUCAAGGUUCAAAGCUAUAUUACUUCUUACCAUAGUCUGGAAGAGAUUCAUUUCACCGAUACAGAUCUGCCUACGACGAAGUAUCAAGAUGCGUCUCUCAGCUCUCUUCCCUAUGGCUUGUGCCAUUGUCGCAUUCGUACUUUCGAUGCUCUGCCUGUUUGCUGGACAUAAGCCUGGAUUCAUGGAGGAGUAUCAUAUUGUUACACUUAAUACAUCAACUCUCGGCCAUAACCUCAUUCCCACAACGACCACCUCUUCAGGCUCAACUCCAACCGCUACAUCGAUCGGUUCAUUCUUUAGCAGCAUCGCACACAAUAUCUCAAGCACCAUUGAGGGAGACUUGGACGGUAUUAUUGGCGAUGUGGCAGACAAGCUGGCGAAGGAGUUGGGCAUCAAGCAAUGGUACAGCUUGCAUUUGAUGGAUAUGUGUGAAGGCACAUAUGCUCCCAACGCGACUGAGAAGGGUGCCAGUCUAAAUGUCAGCACAUGCUCAAACCAAACUGCUAUGUACCAUUUCGAUAUCAGCAAGCAACUGAACCAAGAACUCGAAGUCGGUCCUUUAAAGAUCAACCUCUCAGAUAUCGACUGGCCAAGCGAUAUUCAAAGUGGUCUGAAUGACCUCAACGUCGCACUUGACGCAACAUUCGUUCUUUAUGCCAUCGGCAUCGCAGCAGCAGGUUGCGCUAUACUGGCAUCUCUCGUUGCUGUCUUCCUACACGGCUCCCGGUUGAUCUCAUUUGGGAACUGGGGUCUUGCAUCACUCAGUUUCUUCGCGUUACUCAUUGCCUCGAUUAUUGUCACCGUUGUUCAGUCUAAGGCCACACAUAUUAUCAACAAAUAUGGAAAUGAAAUUGGAGUCUAUGCCUACAAAGGCGGCAAAUACCUGACCCUCACUUGGGUAGCUGUUGCUCUCAUGUUUCUGGCUACCAUGGCUUGGGUGGUAGAGUUCUGUGUAGGACGGAGGAACAAGACGAGAGAAUACACCGAAAAGCCUCAGCGCACCCGAUGGGGGAAACCAAGAGCGAGUGACGAGGCAGCCUUUCGGAGAGCAGGUGUGUAAGAUUCCUCUCUCGAAUCAAUAAGACCCUUCCUGUGAAUGAACUCUGGAGGACAACGAAUAUCAAGACGAACACGAUCUUUACGGCAUUGGAGUAGGCGAUAGGAAAGACUUUGGCGAAUUUUGGCGUGGAUUUUUCUUUCUUGCAUAUUUGAGCGAAUGCUGAGUUCGCGAGAUUGAUACCCUACAUAAUUUCCUUUGGGAUGUACAACUGAAUCUAGAAUAAUUACCCAAUGUGUCC